AUGGAUCAUCAACACGCCGAACCCCUGCCAUCGCUGUCCACAGUGUUGGCUGAAAGUUCAACUAGGAAUCAAAAGGAGGAUUUGUACUUGUACGACCAGUUUUCGAACCAGAGCACCUUCUUCAAUUACCCAUAUCCUGGCCAACCAGUCUACUACAACCCAUGGCAGUAUUCAACAUUGCAACCCUACGAUGUCUAUCAAUACCCAAUGUUGACCUCAUACGAUCAAACAAUCCCUGUCCAACCACCAAUCAUAGAUAUCAGCACCCACUCGAAUGUCUACGAGAAACCUGCUAGUGUGGAGACUGCGAAGACGUCGAGUCCGGAAAGUUUCAUGGAGCAUAAGACAACGAUGAGAAGGCCAGCGGUUAAAAGAACAUCCAGUAUUUCCCGAAAUUGCGCGAAUUGCUCAACAACCGAAACGAGUCUGUGGCGAAAGAAUGAGGAGGGAGAUCUGGAGUGCAAUGCCUGUAACUUGUACUUCCGUCUGAACAAAGUCAAAAGACCCCUGGAACUCUGCAACACAGCGCCGAAAACACGAAAACGUCGUAGUCGAAAAGCAAAGAAGAAUCUCGAAGAAGAAGAUUAA